AUGCAGAUGAUACCUGCAAGACUCUGCUAUGACACCCUUAGGACUGAUAAAAAAAAAACAAAGAGAAUCUCUAGAGUUUGGAAAGAUUUACCAACCAAACCACUGAUUUAUCAUCACCUUUCAAUCAAAUCUCCUUGGAUGGCCGUCAGAGUGGAACAGAGUAAACACCAGAAGGGAAUGCCCAAGGCAUCAUUCAAUAAUGAAUCUGGUUUGAAAGAACUCAGGAAGCCAAAUUUACUGAAUACAAGUGGCUGAGAGCAGGCUCGGAAACCAGUGUCCCCUCCUGGAGAAGCAAGUACCUCUGGACAGCACUCUAGGCAAAAACUGGAACUCAGGAGGAAGGAGACUGAAGGAAAGAUGUAUAGCCUGUGAGAAAGAAAGGGUCAUGCAUACAAAGAGGUCAGCGAGCCGCAGGAUGAUGACUACCUCUAUUGUGAGAUGUGUCAGAACUUCUUCACUGACAGCUGUGCUGCUCAUGGGCCCCCUACGUUUGUAAAGGAUAGUGCAGUGGACAAAGGGCAUCCCAACCAUUCAGCCCUCAGUCUGCCCCCGGGGCUGAGAAUUGGGCCAUCAGGCAUCCCUCAGGCUGGGCUUGGAGUAUGGAACGAGGCAUCUGAUCUGCCACUGGGUCUGCACUUUGGCCCCUAUGAGGGCCGAAUUACAGAAGAUGAAGAGGCAGCCAACAAUGGAUAUUCCUGGCUAAUCACCAAGGGGAGAAACUGCUAUGAGUAUGUGGAUGGAAAAGAUAAAUCCUAGGCCAACUGGAUGAGGUAUGUGAACUGUGCCCGGGAUCAUGAAGAGCAGAACCUGGUGGCCUUCCAGUACCACAGGCAGAUCUUCUAUAGAACCUGCCAAGUCAUUAGGCCAGGCUGUGAACCGCUGGUCUGGUAUGGGGAUGAGUACGGCCAGGAACUGGGCAUCAAGUGGGGCAGCAAGUGGAAGAAAGAGCUCACGGCAGAGAGAGAACCAAAGCCAGAGAUCCAUCCAUGUCCCUCAUGCUGUCUGGUGUUUACAAGUCAGAAAUUUCUCAGUCAACAUGUGGAAUGCAAUCACUCCUCUCAGAACUUCCCAGGACCAUCUGCAAGAAAACUCCUCCAACGAGAGAAUCCCUGCCCAGGGGAUCAGAAUCAGGAGCAGCAAUAUUCUGAUUCACGCAGCUGUAAUGACAAAACCAAAGGUCAAGAAAUCAAAGAAAGGUCCAAACUGAAUAAAAGGAUAUGGCAGAGGAAGAUUUCAAGGGCCUUUUCUAGCCUACCCAAAGGACAAAUGGGGAGCUCUAGAGUGGGAGAAAGAAUGAUGGAAGAAGAGUCCAGAACAGGCCAGAAAGUGAAUCCAGGGAACACAGGCAAAUUAUUUGUGGGGGUAGGAAUCUCAAGAAUUGCAAAAGUCAAAUAUGGAGAGUGUGGGCAAGGUUUCAGUGACAAGUCAGAUGUUAUCGCACACCAAGGGACACACACAGGGGGGAAGUCCUAAAUCUGCAGGGAGUGUGGGUGGGGCUUUAGCCAGGAGUCACACCUCCUCAUUCACCAGAGAACACACACAGGGGAGAAGCUGUAUGUCUGCAGGGAGUGUGGACAGGGCUUUAGCCAGAAGUCAGACCUCCUCAGUCACCAGAGGACACACACAGGGGAGAAGCCUUAUGUCCGCAGAGAGUGUGGACGGGGCUUUAGCCAGAAGUCAAACCUCCUCAGUCACCAGAGGACACAUACAGAGGAGAAGCCAUAUGUCUGCAGGGAGUGUGGAUGGGGCUUCAGCCAGAAGUCACACCUCCUCAUUCACCAGAGGACACACACAGGGAAGAAGCCCUAG